AUGGCAGGUAGGAGGAGGCUGCUGCCCUGUGUAUGUCUGGGGCUGUUUGCUGUCCUGUGCUGGGUCUGGGUCUCUUUCGCCUCCUUCCCGGACGAACAGCUUCACCCGAACGCCUCCUCCUUUGAUGCCGUGAACCGAGGAGCCUUCCAGCCCCAGAGCGCUCUGUCAGACAUGGAGUUCGCCUCCGUAGCUUCGUACCGAGGACCCGGUAACAGCGACCGCCGCAGCAACAAGGAGCUGCCCAUUCUCCUCUGGUGGAGCGGCGGACUUUUCCCACACUUUCCUGGGGACACUGAACGCAUCGACUGCGCCACCUCCUCCUGCCUCGUCACAAGCAACCGCAAGGUGCAGCUGUACAAGAGGACCGCAUCCAUCAUCUUUUACGGGACAGACUUCAGGGCUUAUGAGGCGCCGCUCCCUCGUCUCCAUCACCAGACCUGGGCACUUUUCCACGAAGAGUCACCCAUGAAUAACUACAUCCUCUCGCACGGACCGGCAAUCAGGCUCUUCAACUAUACAGCCACGUUUCGCAGGGAGUCGGACUACCCACUUACCCUGCAGUGGCUGCCCUCCCUGGAGUACCUACUGGAGCCCGUGGCUGUGGCCUUGGAGGAAAAGAACCGCCUGAGGAGGGAGGGUUUGGCUCCUGUGCUCUACAUGCAGUCUCACUGCGAUGUGCCGUCAGACAGAGACCGAUACGUCCAGGAACUCAUGAAAUAUAUACAGGUGGACUCCUAUGGAAAGUGCCUGAACAACAAACAGCUACCAGAACACCUGGAGGACACGGCCACUGCUACUGGCGAGGAACCCGGCUUCAUGAAUUUCGUCGCGCGCUACAAGUUCCACCUGGCUCUGGAGAACGGCCUGUGUCCAGACUACGUGACGGAGAAGCUUUGGCGGCCCCUCCACCAGGGCUGCGUGCCCGUUUAUCGGGGCUCCUCCGUGGUGAGCGAUUGGAUGCCCAACGGCCACUCGGUGAUAAUCAUAGACGAUUUCCCCUCGCCCAAGUCCCUCGCUGACUUUCUCAGGCGUCUGGAUGAGAACGACGACGAGUACGUGAAAUAUUUAAAGUUCAAAAACCACAGGAGCAUCACGAACGCUCGUUUGCUCGAGGCGCUGGAGUCCCGCGAGUGGGGCGUUAAUGACAUGAGUAAACCCAACUACUUAAACGGAUUUGAAUGUUACGUUUGCGACCAGGAGAACGCACGAUUGGCCUCAGAAAGGGCGUACAGAAAAUCCCCCAAAAAGAACCAACCCCCUCGGCCUAAAAUGGCCAGCAACUCUCACAUGGGCUGCCAACUGCCCAGCCCGGGGUACGGAAACGUCCAAGACUUGCCAACGGAUGACGGAUGGCUGCAAAUAUGGCCUCAGGAUUACUGGCAGAGCCUGGACCAAGCUGAGGGUCUGGAGUCUCUGAUAAGACAUAACGAGUCAGACCCCUUUCUGCUGUGGAAGCACAUCCAAAACAUCGCUGUGAGCAGAGCCAGAGGAAAACACUGACACAGGCUUUGAUACAAAAAGGGAUGGAGCAUGUCCAGGAUUACAGAGGCAUCCCAUAAUACACACCCUUUCUGUUUAAAUGAGGGAUUGAGUGGAACAUUGCUGCUCAUAUAUUUUUAUUUUAAUAUUUGCACCUGAGCCAGAACUUCCUUUGUGAAUAGUUUUAUAAUAUUUUCUACUUACCAGAUCCCUUUGUCCUGAUUACACAUUUAAUAAUAGAAAACAAGGUUUUAUGACGAGAGAUGCUAAUAUUUUCAGCUCCCUCCGUCUCCAGCACAGAGUAGGCGUUCUCGUCUCUCGCUUGCUUUGAGUUGUAAGCACUAAAUGCUAACCGUGUGGUUUUGUGCAGCUUUCCUCUGAACUGGAGCAGAGCCAAAGACUCGUCUAGCGCACUCAAGGAGCUCUGCCUAACUGUGUGUGAAGGCCAUCAGGACUGCAGCCAGUGGACUGCAUUUGCUUUCUUACAGUUACUCUGCAGGUGGCUGAUGGUCACUGGCUGAAGUCCUAUUUAUGUWAACAGCCACUUGAAGCAACCGAGUGAGGACAAAUGUUAUUUUAAAAAAAGAAAUGCCAAGCACAGCUGCACUGGCAGACUCGCUCAUGAAAAUGGCUUUACAUCAGAAUAUUACUGACUUUUUCUAUGUGUUGCAACAGGCUAAAAACCUUACGUGCAAUUGAUAACGAUUCAUGCCUUUUAUUGUGACCAUGACCUCUUGAAACUUUAUGAUCCAUUGUUUGUCUUUUUUUUAAACAAUGCUAAUUUUACGCACUUUUGUACUGUUUGUUUUAUUUUGGUAACAAAGCAUUUUACAUGAAAACACACUAUUUUGUAACAAGAAGAAUAAAUGAAUUUUGUAACAAAGUAA